GGAAUGGGGACAGGUACCAAAGACCCAGUUUCGGAAAGAGUAAAUCCUCCUUCUGUCGUUUAAACCGGAUAUUGAAAAGUGAUUCACAAAAAAACCAUUACUUUUCAACUUUAUUCCAUCCACACAGUCAACACGUUUCUCACGUCUUCAAAAUAACCUUCCAAGAAUACUUCGUUUGCUUUAUCUUAUUUAUUUAUUUAGUUUUAAUCUUUAAAGUAAGUAUUCAUUUUCUCAUUUAAGAGUGGCUUUUCUAUCUAUCCUAAUAAGUUUGUGAAUUAAUUUCGUUUAAAAAAUCAUGACUAUUUUCUAAAGAUAAAAAAAAAAGUUAUGAAACAUUCACACAAUUUUUGACAUCUCUUUUAGAUUUUUAGGUCUAACGUGGUUUUGAGACAGUGUCAAAGACUAUUUAUUUAAAAUUGAUUCUAAUCUUAAAUUCGUAAAUGAAGUCAGAUACACGAAUCAUAAUUUUUUUCUUUUCUUUCGAAACCAUCACAAGUGAUUAGCUGUUUAGUUUUAAUCCGUUAGCGUUGUUGUUACUUGCCGUGGUACAUGCAAAUGCAACUUGACGUGGAAAAAUAGCCAAAUAAUUUCUAUGUACUUUGUACUGGAGUACAAAUCCUAUUUCGUUCUUCAACAGAUUGCAGUUUAUAGUGUUUAAUGCGCAUUGAUGACUGUUACGUGUUGGUGUUAUUUGCCGAAAUAAAAUAACAGAUCAGUUUUUGUACAAUGUGUAUUUGUGUGAAUAACUUCCUCUUGAACAAAAAAUAACCGUUUAUAGUGCUUAAAGACUACAGAUGACAGUUGCGUAAUUAUUAUUAUUUGUCGAGUAAAAAUAAUGAAGUUAACCACACACUAUGUAGUGCGUUUUCUAUCAUCGUCUUGCGCAGAAAUGUCUCGCGCUUAUAAUGUUUAAAGAACACUGGUGUGAAAUUUUUAAAGAUUGAAUUUCUUUGGAUUUAAAUUAUGUUCGGCGAGGUUUUGAAAAGGAAGCAGUGGUUGGCUUCCUUCAUCUUCACGUCGAUCCUCCUCUUCAAUUUAGUGUUGAUUGUGAGCCGGCGUCGAUCUUCUCUUGUUUUGGUGAGAGAAACUCAGUGCUCAUCAGGGUGUUACAUUCACGUUGCCUUUUUCGGGAAGUAUGCCUUCAAAAAGAUGAAGAUCGUACGUGGAAUGGCCAGGACAUACGGCAGUAUUUUGGAACACACGCAUUCUCCUGUAUACCUUCACGUCAUGCUGGACCGAAUGAGCAGGAACAGAGUCUCUCGGACCCUGAAGAAGGUGGCCAGACAAUUCAAGAGAAAGACCAAUGUAACUUUCUACGAUGUUGAAGACAUGGCUUUAGAGAACAGAGAAUCGAUUUCCGUCAUCAGGAAAUAUUUCUUCAGCAAGGACGUAGGGAAGUACGACGACGAUAUAUUCUUUUUAUCCGAAGUUCUCCACACUGCACUUCCCAAAAGACUGCAGAAGUUGAUAUUCUUGGACGUAGAUCUCGAAUUUCAAACCGACAUCCUUCAACUGCAUCAAAAGUUCGAAGAUUUCAGCGAAGAAAACGUCAUGGGGAUAGCUCCCGAUCUGCAGCCCCAGUAUCGCGUGGAUUUCACCGAAUUUCGAAUUCGCAAUCCCGGAACUCCAGUCGGAUCUCCAGGCUUUCAAGGUUUCAACACUGGCGUCGUCCUCUUCCAUUUGCAGAAGAUGAGAAAUUCCCAACUUUACAACUCUCUGUUGAAUGAAACGAUCCUGGCCAAUCUCUGUUCGAAGUACCGUUUCCAUGGUUACCUAGGACAUCAGGACUUCUACACGCUUACUGGUAUGGAACAUCCGGAACUCUACUACAAAUUGGAUUGCUCCUGGAAUCGUCAGCUGGACACUGGGUGGAAGAAUGAAGUCGAGCGGAGUAUAUUUGAUUCCUACCACAACUGUACCGGUAAAAUAAAUGUACUUCACGCCAAUGGUGAUGCAGUUUUUCCCCAUGAACGGAUCAUAUAAAAGCUCUACAAUAUUGAUUGAAUUUUGACUUAAAAACCGAUUUUUUUUUUAAAAUUUUGAUUUCAAACAUUAAGAUGAUAUUGCAAAAUAGCUGUGAUAAAUAAAUAUUUAUUUUAUUUUUA